AUGACUUUACUAAUCUGGCUAAAAUCAAUCAUCAAACGGGCAUUCGAUAAUCUGCUCGCGUGGAAUGCUUUCAACUCUCGAUCAUCAGAUCCAACGAUCAUUCGUCGUGAACUCUUCACUACUCGCCUAUAUCUCAUUCUCCUCAUUGUUUCUCUUGUUGUUUUAACAACAUACACAUCGUUCACUGUGCGAUUCAAUACUCAAUCUCUUCUCAAUCCAACUUAUUCUCAAUAUCAACAACUUCACAAUGACUAUGCCGAUACUCUACAGUGUUCAUGUUCGAAAAUUUCCGUUCCUUAUGGACAAUUCGUAACAACAAUGGCAAUAUUUCAUCAAGUGUGUUCAAGUGAUUUCGUAUCACAACAAUGGAUUGAUUUCACAUUUCUAUCGAAUCUCCAAUCACUUUCGCUCAUCGAUGUUCGAACACAUCUAAAUGUCAUGUGGCAAUUCAUUCGAUCCUUUUGUCAAAAUGCCAAUCGAACAACCAUCGAUAUUCUCGAUCAACUUCACAAAACUUCAUUGAUUACUCCCAUUUUAUUAGAUGAACAUCUUCUCAAAGCAAAGAUUCAAAGUACUCUCUCAUCACUUCUUCAGAUCGAAUCAGUUCAUCUUAUUCAAGCCAUCGAAAUUGCUGAGAGAACUGUUCAUGCUAAUCAACUACUAACUGCACUUGGAAACAAUUAUGUCGUUAGCACAAACUAUACUAAAGAAGCAAUUUAUCAUAAAUCGAUGCCAAGUUAUUUCUUUGUUGAUAUAUCUAAAACUCAAUUCAUACUAAAUAGUUCACAAAAGGCCUGCGUUUGUGAAACUGAUUGUUCAUGUCUUCUUCCUGGUCACAUUUAUUUAUACAAUAUCACAUCGUCAUCUAAUUUUUAUGAUAUCCAUCAAAUUCCAUCAAACAUUACUCUGCCUGGUCUAUUCAUUGAUUGUCUUCCACUUCAAACGACAUUUGCAUCAUCAUUCGAAUGUUUUUAUCAACAAUCAUGUCUUGAUUUACUUCUCUCAACUUAUCAACACAAAAUCAACAUUUCAAUUCUAAAUUCAUCUCAACCCACUCGUUUUCAUCCAACAACAACAACGAUCGAAUCAAUCUUCAAUGAACUAUUUCUUGAACAAAUAAAUAAUCAAACGAAUUAUGAAAAGUAUUAUCUCUCAUGUUCACCUAACACAUGUUUCUAUCCAUUCAAUCAUCGAUUUGACUGGAUUUAUGUUUUAACUACUUUCUUUGGUCUUUUGGGUGGAAUAUCAGUUGCUUUACGAAUCUUUACUUCUUAUUUCAUUCGUUUAGCUUUAUCUUUAUACAAAUUUUGUUUUUCAACAGACCGAUCAAUAAGACAAACAUCAAAUGAGACUUUUCUCAAUCGAAUUAAACGAAUUCUACAACAGAUAAAAGAGAAACUGAUCAAUUUAAAUAUCUACACAAAAUAUUCUCAAGAUCAAACACGUGUCUAUCAUGGUCGGUUAUCAACUCGAUUAUAUUUUCUUUUAUUACUCAUUUCAAUCAUUAUCAUUAUCAUUUAUUCAUCUGUAUUAGUUGAAAUUGUUACUGAACAAAUGAUUAAUCCAUCAUUAGAACAAUAUCAUCAAUUACAACAACAAUAUCCUUUGACAUUAAGAUGUCCUUGUACUCAAUUGGCUAUUUCAUAUAAAGAUUUUGUCACAAUAGAAGCGAAAUAUCAUCAGAUGUGUUUAAGUGAAUUUGUUCAAUCAUGGUGGUAUCAAAGUUUAUUACUUCCAUACAAUACACAAGCAAGACUUAGUUUUGUCACGUUAGCAUCAUCAUAUUUUCAAACCUUGGCAACAUUCUGUGAAUUAGCUAAUAAAACUAUAAACAAUGGAACUGAACAAUUUCUCUCCACUACAUUUGUCAAUGGUUAUGUUUUAUCCAAUGAUUCAUUUUAUGUACAAAUGACUUCACUAAUCAGUUCAUUUAUUGACAAAAUCGGAUAUGAAUUUGUCUAUCGAAUCUCGUUAACACAACUAUUACUUCACAGUAAUCAAUAUGUGAGUCAUCUGCCAUUCAGUACUUAUCUCAGUAAAAUCUUCUCUUAUUCAUACAAUGAACUAAGAGAUAUAAAGAUAAGUGUUGAUCCUAUUUAUGCUAUCAACGAUAACAGCAACAAAAGAUGUUAUUGUGUACUUGAUUCCAAUUGUACUUUGGAAGAUAAAGUGAUUCAAGGUGCUAAUCUAAUAUCCGUAUCUUGGAAAAUUGGAGGUAUCUAUGGAGGUUGUUCGAUGGUAGACACGACAUUCAAAUCAUCAUUUGCAUCUUGGUUCGAUGAUAAUUUUAUAAAUAUAUUGAAAAGAGAAUUUCUCCUUAGCAAUAUCAACAUACCUCGUUUUCCAACAAAACUUCAUCCGACGCUUCCGAGUCGAUAUUCUCCAACGACACCAACCGAAUCUAUUUUCAACAAUCUUAUGAUUGAAGAUUGGAAUGUCACUUAUUCUUAUGAAAACUAUUAUUCUCAAUGUCGUCCUUCAUCCUGUUCGUUCAUUUAUGAGAAGAAAACUGAUUCUGCAUAUCUUGUGACUGUCAUUCUCAGUUUAAUUGGUGGUAUCAACCUUAUUCUUCGAUUGGUCUCUCCACUCAUCAUCAAAAUCAAUCUGAAAUUGAUCAAAAGUCUUAACCAUUGUGCAUCUCUCACUGUUGAACAACAACAAAAUCAUCAUAAAUCCCAACUGUUCACGACAAUCAUCAAUCAACUAUUGAUUUUCAACAUGUUUGAUAGCGAAUCAAAUGAUAGCAGAAUUAUUCAUCGUGAACGACUGACGACAAAGUUAUAUUUGUUGAUUUUAUGUCUUUCAUUGUAUUCCAUAAUCAUCUAUGCAAUGAUUACUAAUGGAAAAAUCAACAUAACUGUGUUCAAUCCAAUUGAAAGUGAUUAUAGUAAAUUAUUGAUGUUACAUUCGGAAUCGCUUCAAUGUCCUUGUAACAACAUCUCAAUGAAAUACAAAGAAUUUCUUUUCGUUGAUACAUUAUUUCAUGAAGUCUGUUCAAGUGAUUUUGUACAAACGAAAUGGCGUGAUUAUUUGUUUCUCACCGGUGAUUGGUUCAGUUAUUAUCGAGCAGAUAUUCGUUCACGUGGAAGUAUUUAUUUCUCAUUUCUUUCAACAUUGUGUCAACUAUCAAAGACAACAGUGAAUAAUGGUAUUGUUCAAUUUCUCGAUGAAAUAUUCAUCAAUAUUCAAAUCAUUUCAAGAUCGGAAUUUUAUCUUCGAAUCGAUAGUUUUGUCUCUCAAUCUCAACAAAGGAUCACAACACAAUUCUCACGUAGUUUCAACUCAUUAAGAGAUGUGUUGAAUAACAAUGCUUUGAUCUCAUCCUACUAUCUAAAUUCGAAUUGGUCGAUAGAUCUCAAUACAACAUACACUACUAUUCCAACACAUACAGUUAUCACCAAAAAUGGAUGUUCAUGUGGAACACGAUACGACUGUAUUGAAUCAGGUGGAAUAUACUAUGAUAAUACUGAUUCUCAGAAGUUUGCAAUACCUGGAUGGAAUGUUGGCUGUUCGGUUGUGGAAACUGUCUUGCGAUCAACGAUGGAAUGCUUUUAUAAUCAAUCAUGUAUAGAUUCAUUACUAUUUUACGCAACAACCGUUCCAAACCGACUGUCCUAUCGAAUGAACAUGACAUCUAUGAAUUCUUCAGCAAAGAGUCGUUUUCGAAGAGAUACAUUUAUUCAAGACUUAGCAGAUGAGUUGUUUGUUGAAACAUGGCAAACUUACAGAUCUUAUUCAUUGUUUUACAAAGCUUGUGCUCCGAUCUCUUGUUCAUACACAGUUCAGAAAACUGAUUAUUAUAUGUACAGCGCAUCGAAAGUACUUGGUUUGUAUGGUGGAUUAUCUAUUCUAUUACGAUUCGUUGUACCACUGGUAGUGAAGAUUUUCUUUUGCAUUCGAACUAGUUGUCAAACAACUGAAGUUGUACCAUUCAAUUAG